AUGACCGUAUCACACCACCUCAUGAGUCGACCUUCACUCCACAAGGAACCAAUCCACAACGAUUUUGUUCGUUUCCGCGGUGAUGCCGUUGGUAGCUCACUAAGGGACUACUCAUCACGGGUACUCGCGUCCAAUCACCUUUCCUAUAACGGAACAGAAAAGUCUGCUGAUGGCCUGAUGAUAUCAGCAUUGCCACCACGGGCUCCCAUACGAAACACUGCCGCUACCGCUUCGCUCCGAACUCGUCCUCCUCCGCCACCGUACUUCCCAAAUGGAAAGCAGAAGCCACCACCUUAUCCUGGUCGGACGUCAUCAGUAGGGGCUGCCUCUUCCUGCUCUACACCACUACCGUCUUCAUUUGUGCCACAGUCCGCGUCAACGCCGAAAAGCGAUAAGGGUUCACCCGUCAAAGAAAUUGGAAAACCAUCGGACCAAGUUGUGGGUGAAGGCGAGCGACGAACAUUUGUCAGGGAAAAGGAAGAACGCCUCGAUAAGGCGAUGAGCAUCUACGAGAACGUACAACAAGCAGAGGUACGAGCUAAUGAGAGCACCGUGUGGUACGAAUACGGUUGUGUAUAA